AUGGUUGAAAAAAUCAUCCCACGGAGCAUUGUUGCAGCAUUCACACACGACAUAUUCUUAAAAGGUUGUCAAACUAAUUUCUCAAGUAACGGUCCUGAUGAAGUGGAAGUCAGCACUCUCUAUCCUGACGAGCCUUUCAUCACCGUUGAUGAGUGCUUCAAUGAAUUCGCUGUCAAGAUAAAAGACAAGCAUGGUGGGCCCACGCCCACCACAGCCAAUGUCCCAGUUGAUUGA